GGUUUGUGUCUGCACAUGUUUCUUUUUAUUUACAUUUUUGGACGUUGACAUAGCACCAUACCUUCGUACGAGAAUUAAAUUUUUAUAUUAAAUGAAAUAUUAAUUAAAAUGGCAUUAAACAUCAACGAAAAAAGUUUUGCCGUUCAGGCAAGUUAUGGCAAUUUCUAUGCUGGCGGAGAUGUCGCAUGGAGCAAAGAUGGAAAAUGGAUUUUCUGUCUAAAUGGAUCCGAAAUAACAAAGGUGGAUGUUCAAACGGGUUUGGUAAAUCGUUCAUAUGGUCUAAACUACAACGAGGAAGGUGAACGCAUAAAUACCGGUGCUGAGGAAGAGGAGAAUGAUGAUACAAUUUACUGUUUUGAUUUGUCGCCAAACCAAGAAUAUAUCGUUACAGUACAUCGUAGUAGUUUGUUGCGAUUAUGGCAUUUGCCCACAGGAAAAAUUGAGAAACUAUGGAAGAGUCAACACAAAGGACCGGUAGUAAAAGUAGCUUUUAGCAGCGAUGCAAAGUUGAUUUGUACAAGCGGAGCAGAUUCGACACUGAGAAUAUGGGACUAUGAUAACAGCAGAUGUUUGUGUGCGCUAAAAGAAUUUGUUGGACCCGCAAAUUUAGUUCAAUUUCACCCAAAUCCUGCCAAAAAAGAAAUAUUUGCUGCUGGAGCAGAUAAUGCCAUUUAUAAGUGGAAUUACGAGACGAAGGAAAUGCAAGCAAAGAUGAAGGGACAUUUGUCACAGGUUACUGGUUUUGAUUUCUCCGAUAACACUGUGGAAUGUAAAAAUCUGGUGUCUGUUAGCAGGGACAAGGUUUUAAUAGUUUGGAAUAUGGACGAUGGCAAGCAAUUGAAGGUAGUACCUCUGUAUGAAGAAAUCGUAGGUGUAUUCUACAAGGAUAAGACAAAUGCAAUAGUCGUUGGAUUAAACGGGAACCUAAAGCAAAUAAAUUGUGGCUCUGGAAAAAUAUCUGUGCUUUUGGAAAGCCAAGAAAAGGAGUAUGAGAUUAAUAAAAUGUUGAGGAAUGCCCUCAACAAUCAACUUGCGGUUGUAACGACAGAUCACAAUAUUUUAAUUUUUGAAAUGGAACCAAAAUUAAAGUGCUUCAAACAUCUGAUUGGAUUUAAUGAUGAGAUUUUGGAUAUUUGCUUCUUGGGUGAGUCAGAACAAUUCCUGGCUGUUGCUACGAAUAGCAAGCACAUCAAACUGUACGAUAUUGAAAAUGACAUGAAUUGUAAUAUCAUUGUGGGCCACAAGGACACGGUAAUGACACUAUCGUCUCCUGGAUCAAGCAAUUUGCUGCUGUCUGCUGGUAAAGAUUACAGCAUAUUCUUAUGGUCUUUAGAUAAAGAAAAUGCGACAUUAAAAUGUUUGGCGAAGAAUACCAGCAGUCAUACUGCAACUAUUGGUUGUAUUAGUUUUGGAUUUAACUGCAGCAACGUAUUUGCGUCGGUCUGUCAAAGUGGCAGCAUGAAGGUUUGGACAUUAAAAGCAAAACACAAACAAGAAGAGUACGAAUUUUUAAUCAAGUAUGCGGCUCUUGCACACGACAAGGAAGUGAACAGUGUCUCGUUUUCGCCAAACAACAAAAUUAUAGCAACUGCUUCGCAGGAUAAAACUGCUAAACUGUGGUCAGCGGACUCGCACAGUAUAAUUGGCACACUGCGCGGGCAUUCUCGCGGUGUUUGGAGUGUUCGAUUCUCACCCACAGAUCAAAUCGUGUUGACCACAUCUUCCGAUUGCAGUUUGCGCCUGUGGUCCUUGUCCAAUCUUUCCUGUCUGAAACGUUUGGAGCAAACUGCAACUGUUUUGAGGGCUGAAUUCAUAGAUCAUGGCAAAUAUAUCAUAUCUUCGGGUUCCGAUGGUCUUCUCAAGGUGUGGAAUAUAAAAACGAAUGCCUGUGUCCAGACUCUGGAUGAACAUGACGAUCGAGUGUGGUCUCUGGCGGUGUCUUCCAAAACUCAAAAGUACUUCUUCAGUGCUGCCGCCGAUUCCAAACUUAUCAAAUGGAAAGACAUUACUGAAGAGUGUAAAAAUUCCGAAAUAGAUAAACGUCAAGCUGAGCUGCAAGAAGAACAAUCAUUGCAGACGUUGUUGCACCAAAAUAAAAAUCUAAAGAAAGCAUUUGUUUUGGCUCUGAAACUGGGCAAACCUCGAGUGACGUACAAUAUUUUGAAUCAAUUUAUACAGAAGAGGCAACAUGCUGCUAUUGGCGACCUAAUAACACAAUUAAAUAAUGACCGUAAACUAAUAUUAUUGGAUCAUGUUAAGGUAUGGAGUUGUAAUGCUCGGUAUUCACAAGUUUCCAAUGUGGUGUUGCAUCAUCUGUUGAAUGAAAUGUUGGUUGAACCAUCAUUGCAAAGAUCACUCAAUGCCAAAAACCUGGUGGAAGUUGUUACACCAUAUGUACAGCGUCAUUUUAAGCGAGUAACCGAGCUAAGUAAAGAGCUAAAUUUCUUAGAUUUCAUUGUUCAAAAUAUUUAAAUAAAAUGUUAUAUUUUAUAUAAUUUCUA